GAAGACUGUCUCAUCCCGUGUCACCGCCAACAUCAGACGUCUCAACUCGUGGUCGGCGAUAUGCCUGCAAACCGAGGAGCGGCGUGGGUGGUUUGUAAUGGCCUGCCCGUCGCUCCUAUUUCCUUUGUUUCCAGAACCGCUGCGCUGGUCGUGUUUUGAUCGAGUCAACACAUCUUUUCUUGGGAAACGCCUAAUACUACCGAUUUCCCGUCAUUCUCGUUGAUCAUACACCCUCAAAGGCUUGGCCCCUUGACGUGGCAGGACGAACCGACCUGAAGCAAGUCUAGCCGUAUGAUCACCGCCUCGACGCCGCUUGACCCAGCAGCCGCCUCCCUCCUGACGUGCACCAUCUAGGAAGCCUGGUGUUUCCUCCUACCACGUCUGAUCCCCCGCCUGAUUCCUCCUCCUACCUUUUCGCCUCCCCUUCUUCUGAUUUGUCUUCCGCCCGAGCAGCUGGUAUGCCCUCAUCAUUUCGCUUCAUCACAUAUUCUGCCUGUGAAUAUCCUCUGUUAUCCCCAAUGGCGAAAGACUACCAGGCUGUGCCUCUUGAUGAGGAACAGAGCCGGAGCAGCUCAGAGUCCACAGUAUACGAGAAGGACAGGUUAUCACUCAGGUUAGGGGACGACAAAUACCAGCGAAAUGCUAGGACAAGAGCCUCGGACUUUGUGUCCAAGCACUGGGCCUGGAUAGCCCACGCUGUGCUGCUCACCUUGUCGAUGACCUUGUUCACGCUGUCCUUCUGCAACAGGACGGCGAGGCCGUCAGACCUCCAGCACACACAGCAGUUCUCGUCCUACUCACCGGUGGCCCCCAUCGUGCAGUACGACACAGUUCGGUUCAACCUCACACCCAUGGUGGAUGGCCCCUUUGUCGGGUAUGGCCCCAAGGUCGAUGAGGCGUGGGACUCCAUAGCCAACGACAUGGGCGACCAGAUGAUAUCAGAAGCCGAGCUGGACAGGCUAGGACUGCCCAGAAACUCGCUCAAGGUCACGGACCCCAAGACCGGCAAGGAGGGCUACCGCGCCGCAGUCGAGGUCUUCCACCAGCUGCACUGCCUGAACCUGCUGAGGCAGUAUGUUUACAAGGAGUACUAUGUCAACAUCUACAGUGACAUCCAGGAAGAGGAGAAUGGCCUCAAGGGCCAUGUCGACCACUGCCUCGAGGCCAUCCGGAUCAACCUCAUGUGCACCGCCGACAUUGGCAUCUUCACCUUCCGAGAGUACCCAGAGUACGGCUACGAGGACGGUGACUUCUGGCCCGACUUCAGCACCCUGCACACAUGCCGCAACUUUGACACCAUCCACAAAUGGGCCAUCGACAACACAGUGUCAUGGACCCACGAUGUGUAAAUGCUUCAGUAGCCUUUGUCAACAUUUUAUACAUUCUACAUGGGAGCCCCACCGGCCAUGCAUGCUCGUUGGCCUGAAACAAUGGGAGCGAGCAAGGAGAGCCGGAUGAUGCCGGGCAGGCUUGAGACACAGCUGCUCUGCACACCCGAUGCUUGAGCUGGGGUGGGUGCAUCCUUGGUCUGGAUAGAAUCAGAAGUUCCGGGACUUGCAUUCGGCAACCGGGCGCCGAGAUCACGAGCAAUAAUAAUGAUACAUGAUACAUACA